AUGAAAUAUCCUACUGCCAUUCGUUUAGAGGUAGAACGCAAAUUCACAUCUCUGAAGUGCCAUCCCCUGCGCGUGGACGGUGGCAAACCACCCUUCCUCAGUCUCAGAACUCUAGGCAAACAGGAUUUUCAUGAUGUUUAUUACGAUUACGAAGACCGACUCUCGCGUGCUGGAACCUGGCUCCGGCAGCGGAAUGGCAGGUGGCAAAGCAAGGUCAGAAGGGGUGGGACUUAUACAAACUCACAAUUUGAAGAGUCAUCAGACCUGGAGACGAUCUCCACACAUAUCAGAGCGUUGACGGGGCUGGACAUUCCCGCGUCUCAAAGCUUCGGCCUGAGUCGCAUCGCGAGCCUUACCACAUUCCGCCAGGGUUGGAUUGCGGAUGAGGAGUUCAAGAUUGUGUUCGACCGCACGGAUUUCGGUCACCAGGUGGGUGAAGUCGAGCUUGAAAAAGAGGUCAUCGAGCCAAAUGAGCAGGAGAUCAGGAAGAUUCUGGAGAAAAUGGACCACGAAAUUGCAGAUUUCCUCCGGCGUUACAAUUGGGCAUUUUCAGAGGGUGAGCCCGUCGGAAAAUUAUCAGCCUACUUUGCACAGGGCCACUCCGAGGGGCCCUCGAGACAUUGA